AUGUCCGAAGUUCAUUUUGACGAAUACGAACACUACAAUUUUGACCACGAUAAGCACAUCUUCUCGGGACAUAGUGGCAAGCAGAGAUCCAAGAAGGAAGCCAGCACACAUACAAAUCAUCACGAUCCCAGUGGACAUUCACGAAAGAUCUUGACAAAAAUGAUGAAUACUGAGAACAACAGGAAGGAAACACCUGCCCCAAAGAAGAACUGAAAUCACCACCUUAAAAAAAACUUGUGCGUGAACACAAAAGUUUUGAGACUUUUUUUUCCUUUAUGUGUCUUUAUCUCUUGAAAUAACGAUAUAAAUAUUCCACUCUAUAUGCACAUUUUUCUCUUCUGUGUGUGUUCGUGUUAAAUAAAGCAGCGAAAAACGUACAUAAUAAAAAAAAGCCCCAGGGUUAAACAAAAAAAAAGAAACAAAAUAAACAAAGUGCGAAGAGCGAAACAAAAAAAAUAUAAAAA